CCGGAAGAAGAAGAAGAAAGGGAAAGAAGAAGAGGAACUGGGCUUUUUUUCCCCCCUGUUUAUAUCACAAAAUGUGAAAGUGAAGUUGUGUCAGCUUGAGGAGGAGACAAGCUGGAAAGGUUGUGGGAAUGUAAGCCCCGGGUCCGGCCGUUUUGUCCGCUGGGAAAUGGACGAGAUAAGUCCUUUGUUGGGGAGCCAGCCACAGCAGGGCCCAGACCUUCUGUCUCCAAACCUGAGGCCAAGACACCAGGAUCUGAUCCCAACACCAUGUGGACCGAUCAAGCCCUGGUCAGAGCUGUCGAGGCUUUUGAGACUCUAUUUCUGCUUCACCAUAGCGUCUCUGCUGGCGCUGCUUGGCCUCACGGUGUCCAGCAUCUAUAAGCAGCACAUGGACACAGACGUGUCUGAUGAGGACAACUUUACUGUAUCUCUCAUCCAACUCAUUGGAAUACUGUUCUGCAUCUACUACAUCAGCCGUGGCGUGCUGCAGGAGAACAGGCAGGAGCUGGUGGCCUUUGUGCUCACCAUCUUGGUGGUCAUGAUUCGAUCGGUGGUCAACUUCUCCGUGCUGGGGUCGAAGGGAAAGCAGGAGCUGCUGGUUCGCUUUGUGUGCAUCGUGACUUUGGGCGUAGUGCACGUCCUCUGCACUCUCCUGCUCAUCCAGAGGCCCAACAUGAUGGCGUUCCGUGUGGGCGGGGCUUUGGAGAGCCUGCAGGAGCAGUAUUUCCUGCUCAACCUCUGUUUCUCCAUGGUGACCUUUGACCUCCAGGCUCAGCUGUGUCUGUGUAUCCUGAUCACGACGACAGACUCAGCCAUGUCCACCACCAACACCAUCGUCCUGAUUGUGGGGGUGGUCUGGGCCUGCCUGACUGCUGCUGUAGGUGCUGUUGCAGUGUUGAAGGAAGCCAAAGUGUUGGUUGGGAUCUUCAUGAUGCAGAACCUUCCUCAAGUAGCCUUCUUUAUAUAUCUGAUGUACACGGUUAUAGAGAAGUGGUUCCAUGACAACAUCUACACUCUGGAGGCAGCUGCUGUCACUGGAGCUGCCAUUUCACUGAUGAUCAAAGUGGUUUUAUUCUGGGGCCUUAUCAGACUGGUUCACAGCUUUGGACAAGGCCUGAGAGAGAGAAUGUUUGCAUCCAGCUAGUCUUAAACCGGGUCACAGCUGCAUACUGAGUGCCUAAAAACAGCAUUAAGAAACUUUAGCACUGUAGUGCUAACAACAGAACUCCAAUUUCUUUUCAGCAUUAACGCCACCAAAACGAUCACUCUACAUUUUUUAACGUCUUUUUUUAUCCAAAUGUGUUGUUUACUGUAUUGAUUUUAUUUUUACUUUGGCCUGUUACUAGAAUUUUCUGUAAAUCAGCGCCUCAUCUUCACCUGGUAUUAGCACUGAUCUGUAUCUGAAUACAUUGUCUGGAUAACCAUAUCUAAUCCACGGGUCUUUGUGUUUACACCUGCUACUAAAAUGCGUCAUCUCGGUUGUAUACAGUUUGUUGUCAGUGCAAUAUGAAUGUUAGUAGCUGUCAGUUUGUCAACAGACUUGGCUCAUACCAGGUAGCUGUGCUGCUGUUUGCACUAUAUUUCUUUUCUGUUGCCAAGCAAACGUGACUGUUGCUGCCUGCAAGUUUUCUCAAAAUUUUUUUGAAUAAAUUAUUUUCUUCAGAAUGUGGUCAGACUGCAGAUUUACUCCUGGCUGAGAUCUCAUUACAUUGGGAACCUGACCAACCCCAAACGUGGUCUUACUGAUCUGAUCCAAUCUCAGUGUACAUUUACAUCUUAUCCUCUUACCUUCAUUUAUGCAGAUACAGAUCACACUUAACGACCAUCCACUCAUCCAUCCUCCAUACAUGCUUAGUCCUCAUUAGGGUCAUGAGGCGACUUAGGGUGAAGGUCGGGCACACCGUGGACAGGUCAGCAGUCUGUCACAGGGCUACACAUAGAGACAAACAAUCACACAUACAUUCAUACCCGCAAACAAUUUAGAAUGAUCAAUCAACACAGAAAGAUCCACUGAGCCUCUGUGUAGCCCCACGUAAAGACUAGGUGUAAGAAAUAUAAUCCGUAUACAUUUCCAUCUAAAACUACAGAAUAUUUUGCUUAUCUUCAACUGGGUUAUUAAGGAUUUUUAAUUUGUACUUUAACUCUCGUAAACACGACGUCCUCGAAGUCUGGACACAUAGGAAAUCUCAUUAACUAUAUUUUUUGCCUCCACAGAUUAAAUAUGGUUUUGUCAAAAGAAGCAAACAAUUGAAGUUGUACUUCUCACUUUUCCUGUCCAGACCUUAGUGACACCCUGUCCAUUGUAGGAUCUAACUCCAGCUGAAAUCCAUUUCUAACGUAAUUUUUUAAUCUCAAAAGGUAAUUUUUGUGUCAUGUAAAUAGUGUUCAGAGUUUACAGAGUUAAGUGUUCUUUUUAAAACUGUAGUUGUAUAAAUGGGAUCAUGUGCUCUGUAGACGAGUACUUUGGGCAACACUGGAAUAUUUUCAUUAACGGAUGUCUUUUACUGAACUAUGUGCUGCACCUUAUUGCAAAUGUUUUUUCAUCCAAAGUUCUUAAUAAAUUAUUAAAAGAA